AUGGCCGGUAGUUUACUUUGUUUCAUUUUGUUUCUUGCAAUUCCCAUUUCCAUUUCAGGGUAUAAAACCACAUCUGUGGUGUCAAAGGAUGGGAGUGGAGACUAUCGCAGCAUCUCAAAAGCCGUUUCUGCAAUACCUAAUUCAGCUUCGGCCACAUACAUCAUUCACAUCAAGCGGGGAAUUUACAACGAAGCAGUAGAUGUGGGAAUGUAUAAGAAUAGUGUCGUGUUCUUGGGAGAUGGAAUUGACCACACCAUGAUACAGUUCAAUAAGAGUACUUCCACUGGUAUUGGGACAGACGAAUUGGCCACUGUCAAUAUAGAAGCACAACAUUUUGUUGCAAAAGACAUCAGCUUUGUGAAUUCCGCCGGAGUCAAUGCCGGACAGGCAGUUGCUGUGAGAAGUGUAGGCUUAAAUCAUGCAUUCUAUAGGUGUAGUUUCAAAGGAUACCAGGACACUUUGUUUAUGAUUUCCGGCAGGAAAUUUUUCUACAAAUGCAACAUCUUUGGAACCCUAGACUUCAUCUUUGGUGACGCAGGCAUCAUGUUCCAGAAUUGCAACAUAUACGGGAGAAAUCCAGAGAAUGAAGGAUUGCCCAUUAUUGUUACAGCUGAAUCAAGGGGUAUAUCGAACAGUGAAUUUUCGACAUGCACUCUGUGCACUUAUCGUCGUUCUGAAGCAGAAUCUUUAAUGUAUACUGUAAUUAGAUAUGGGUCCCACUCAAUUGAUACUUAG